AUGCAAAGACAUACGAAAACAAAAGGUGAGCUGAAGAGUGCAAUCGAGUUUGUCGUCCGAGAAGGGUUUCCCAGUGAGAACAUCGAUUUCUCUGGGGAAAUCACCGCCAAUUUUUCCCCAUUUCUCACCGUUUACCGAAGCAACACUCCGUAUAGAAGUGCUACUCAAGAAUAUGAAUUAUUGAAAAGUUUAUUGGUGGAAAAAUUUUCUCUCAAAGUUUGCCAUCAAGAGGUCGAUUUGUCACCGAGAUUUUACAAAUAUUCAAUCGAUGGAACGAACAAUGAACGCUUCAAAUUUAUCACAUUCACUCAAAAACAAGAGACACGAAUGAAAAUCUUUCGAUUGAAUUUUUUAAAGUUUUCGGAGGAGAAUCACUUCGCUAUCUAUUUUGAGUUCUACUAUCAAAAGCCGAAGAGAUCUCAAGGGAUUCUCGAGACGAUUCACCGCUUUCUUCCACUAAUGAACUCAUCAUGUGAUUGUUAUUAUAUG